AUGACUCGCACUUCAUUCGAACCGAUCAAUUAUCGUUUCAAGAAUCUAAUCAAUAUCUCGCUUCGAUGGAAUCCAAAACAGAUCAAACCGAGCUCCAAAAGAAUCAGAAGAGGUACAGAGAGAUCAUCACAAGGCUGCCAGAGAAGAAAGGAUGGAGACAGGAGGAGAUCUUGAGCGAAUUCGGCGGUCACUGGUGGCGAAAGCCGAAUAUCCAAGGUUUACUUCAUGCCCGAGAAAAUUUUCGGGCACGACCCGAUGAUUUUGUUAUUUGCAGCUACCCGAAAACAGGCACAACUUGGCUAAAGGCUCUGACUUUCGCCAUCAUCAAUCGUUUCAAAUUUGAUGAGGCCACUAGCCCUCUUCUGAAACGUUUACCACACGAGUUUGUGCCUUAUCUCGAGGUCGAAUUCGCCUUUUUUCCCGAGAUAGAUGUCCUUAAGGACAAAGCAAACACGCUCUUCGCGACCCACAUCCCUUUCGGUCUAUUACCCAAGUCGAUCUUGGACUCGGAUUGCAAGAUGGCUUACAUCUGGAGAGACCCUAAGGACACUUUCAUCUCCUUGUGGGCAUUUCUCCACAAGGAGAAGUCCGAGGACGGCGAAAUGUCGGGUCUGGAAGAGUCUUUCGAUAUGUUUUGCAAAGGUGUUUCGGUCUACGGACCUUAUCUUGAUCAUGUUUUCGGGUACUGGAAAGCGAAACAAGAGAAUCCGAAGAAGAUUAUGUUCCUGAAGUACGAAGAAAUGAGGGCGAAUCCGAUUCCGUACGUCAAGAGAUUGGCAGAAUUCAUGGGGUAUGGAUUCACUGAGGAGGAGGAAGCGAAAGGGAAUGUCGAGAGGGUGGUGAAUCUCUGCAGUUUCGAGACUCUGAAGAACCUCAAAACGAACAAAGGCGAGAAAGGACGGAAAGAUCGGCCCGGGACUUUCGCGAACAGUGCGUUCUUCAGGAAGGGAGAGGUCGGAGAUUGGAUGAACUAUCUGACUCCAGAGAUGGCUGCUCGGAUCGACGGAUUGAUGGAGAACAAGUUCAGAGGCUCUGGUUUGCUCCGACAUGACAGGUGAUUGGUUCUGUUUCUUGAUACGAUGAUGCAAGAAACUGCUCUGUAAACCAUUUUCUUUAUGAAUGAAGAUCUCUUUUGUGAA